UAGCAAUCCACAUUCAUCCACGGAUAUUUAUUCUCCAGGUUGAAUAUUAUUGAGGUCGUUUGUACAUGAGAUAUCGAUCGAUCACUUGUGUCGAGUAGUUGUUCUGUAUGCUGUUUCCUUGGCUAGAAUGCCACAAGAAACAGAAGCCGUUCAGGCAGAGCCGGAAACUCAACCAAGACAACCAGAAGCAAGCGGUUCAGGCACAGAGUCAGAUAGUGAUGAUUCAGUGCCGGAGUUAGAGCAAGAUGAUGCAGCGGCUGGCCAGGCAGCAGCACAUAGUGAAAAAUGGAGCGAGAUGGCGGCGUCGAUGGGCGUGAGUGAGGAACAAGUAAGCAGAAUGAAACAAAGCAGAUCAGAGAAAAAAGCCAGGAAAGCGAUGUCAAAGAUUGGAUUGAAGAGUAUUACAGGAGUGAGUCGAGUGACAAUACGACGAUCAAAGAAUAUUUUAUUUGUAAUUACCAGACCAGACGUUUAUAAAAGUCCUGCAUCAGAUACAUUUAUUGUAUUUGGUGAAGCAAAGAUUGAAGAUUUAACACAAGCUGCUCAGAUGGCAGCGGCAGAGAAAUUCAAAGUUCCUGAUGCGGGAUCGGCAUCCAUGGGAGUGUCAGAAGUUCCCGUUACAGCCACAGUACCUGAAGAAAGUGAUGAAGAGGAGGUGGACGACACGGGAGUAGAAGCAAAAGAUAUAGAACUUGUGAUGUCCCAAGCCAAUGUUAGCCGUGCUAAAGCUAUUAAAGCACUGAAAAAUAAUUCCAAUGAUAUUGUAAAUGCUAUUAUGGAAUUGACAAUGUAGAUGAAGUGCUGGAAUGUGUAAAGAGGGGAUGGGGGGUCUACAUUUACCAUGUUUCGUCUUUUAUUUUCACUUAGACGUGGGUUUUCUUUUUGAUACUGUAUACAAAUCAGCAAUCAAUGAAUGGACCAUGUUAAAUGAAUAAAUUCACUGUUACAAAUUAGU